AUGAAGCAGUAAUACAUACCAGUAUACAUGAAGAUGCAGAUAACCAUGUGGUCAUUUUUCAUUCUUCUGACGGGGCUGCUUUCUAAAGAAACAACACAAGUUUCAGCUAUAAGAAUAUGGUCAACAUCAGCAAAAUUAUCUUCACAAAUGCCACGAUGCCCAGAAAGAUGUGGCAAUGUAACCAUUCCUUUUCCAUUUGGAAUAGGAAAAGGGUGUUACUUCAAUAAAGCAUUUAAAGUGAGCUGCGAUAACAACACUGCUUUUAGUCACGGUAAUGGUAUGUAUGUGCAAUACAUAUCAAAGGACUCCAUCACGGUUGAUAUUACUUUAGAUUCGCACCCCUACGACAAAUCAUCUGGAAUGAACUUUUACAGUGAUACAAUUGAUAAAGGAGCUGGCGGCGAGCAUUUCAGUUUUUCCAACAAGAACAAGUUUGUAGCCAUUGGGUGUGACAUUUAUGCUAAUGUCAAAGAUUCAGACACUGGUAGCAGUGUAAGUGGAUGUGCUUCUUACUGUGACAACUCCACUAAUAAUGUUUCAUCCUCUUCAGCUUCAUCAUCAUAUUGCACUGGGAAUAACGGUUGUUGUCAGUCUGAAUUUUCAAAAAUAAUACCAAGAGAGUUCACCAUGUCCACACAAACAAUGAACACGGAGAACACAUCGUGGAGAACUAGCAAUUGCACCUAUUACUUAAUUAUAGAAAAGGGCACUUCUGAGUCUGACUUCACUCAGUUACGUGGUAAGUGCAAAGAAGACGAUUCUUACAAAGGAAGGAUGGUGCUGGACUGGGUGAUUGGCAAUGUUAGUUGCAACAAAGCCAUGAGAAGGCCAAAAUAUGCAUGUAGAAAGAACAGCAGGUGCAUCGAUGAUACUACUAGACCUGCUGGGGGUUACCGAUGCGAUUGCUCUUCUGGUUAUCAAGGCAACCCUUACCUCUUUCAUGGAUGCCAAGACAUCGACGAGUGUGCAAGUCCAAAAAGAAAUCAUUGUCCCAACAAUACUCGCUGUGUUAAUACUCCUGGCAGUUACCAUUGUGACUCAAAUAAUGUGAGACAUACGCUAGCUAAACAACUCUCCAUAGGUAUUGGCGCAGCAAUUACUUUUGUGAUCCUGGUAGCAGUUUGUCUUUGGCUAUGCAAAUGGCUCCGGAAGAGGGAAGAAAACAAGGCUAAGCAAAAGUAUUUCAAGAGGAAUGGUGGAUUGCUUUUGCGACAACGUAUUUCCUUAAAUGGAGAAAGUAGUGGUGGCUCUUUGCCAAAGCUCUUUUUGAAGGAGGAGUUGGAGAAAGCAACAGACUAUUUCAAUGAAAUUCGAAUUCUUGGUAAAGGAGGGGCUGGGACUGUUUACAAAGGAAUGUUAUCAGAUGGAAGCAUUGUAGCUGUGAAGAAGUCCAAUGCAGUGGAUAAAGAUCAAAUUGGACAAUUUAUAAAUGAGAUACUCAUACUCUCCCAAAUAAAUCACAGACACAUUGUCAAGGUACUUGGUUGUUGCUUAGAAACUCAAGUCCCAUUGUUAGUUUAUGAGUACAUCUCGAAUGGAACCUUGUCAUCCCAUAUUCAUGGAAACCUCAGUCACAGUUCUAACCCUACUGUCUCAAAGUCUGAGUUGGAUGAUCAGAUUCUUCCGCACCCAGCAAUAAUAUUAUCGUGGGAUCAUCGGGUGCGAAUUGCUGCAGAAAUAGCAGGGGCACUAUCUUACAUGCACUCAUGUGCUUCUACUCCCAUUCUUCACAGAGAUAUAAAAUCAAACAACAUAUUACUAGACAAUAAUUUUAGAGCAGUGGUUUCUGAUUUUGGACUAUCGAGAUUGUUGUCUGUUGACAAGACUCAUUUAACAACAAUGGUAGGGGGUACAUUUGGUUACAUAGAUCCAGAAUACUUCCGCUCAGGUCAACUUACAGACAAAUGUGAUGUCUAUGCCUUUGGUGUAAUUCUUGCAGAGCUGCUAACAAGUCAAAGAGUUGUCACUUCAAACCAACCAGAAGAUCCAGGUUUGGUUAUCCGUUUCACAUUAGCAUUGAAAGAAAAUCGUAUAAUUGAGAUUGUAGAUCCUGAAAUUGUAAAAGAAGUUGAGGAUGAACAUGUGAUUCUUGCUGUGGCCAAACUUGCCAAGAGAUGCUUAAAUUUUAAUGCAAGGAGAAGGCCAUCCAUGAAGGAAGUGGCAGCUGAACUUGAGAAACAAGGAAAAAGGAGGCAAGAUCUGCCUCAUGAUGAGAGUUUUCAAGAUAACAUUUUGCCAGAAAGUGAAAGUUCAUGUAGUCAUACUUCUGAUUGUACCGAAGAAGAUAAUCAGAACUCAGUGUCUCACAAUGAAAUGCAUUAUGACAGAAAGGGAAGUUUGUAA